AUGCUCAACACCAAGAAAAAUGAUAUCAAAACUAUGAAGCGGGUGAGGAGGAUUCGCCGACUUUGCCCAAGGCAGUACCUCUGGGCUCCGGGCCGCUUGAGGAGCCCCUUCGAGGAAGACGAGGAAGACGAUGAGGAGCUGGAGGAGGAAGAUGAGGAGGAAGAAAUGAGCCACUUCUGGCUGAGGCUGGAGGGGUGCUGGCCAGAAUCAGAGGAUGAAGAAGAGCGCCUGAUUAAUCUCUCUGAGCUGACCCCACACACUUUGUGUUCCAUUGGCAAAGGCUACUUAAUAGAUGCAACUACCAUUACAAAAUGUCUUCAUACAUUUUGUAAAAGCUGCAUUGUAAGACAUUUUUACUAUAGCAACAAAUGUCCAGAAUGCAACAUCCUACUACAUCAGACUCAACCUCUUUAUAACAUAAGUGCUAAUGAAGACACAGGACAUGUUAAGCCAUUAGAAAAGAAGUUUUUCAGAGUUUCAGGAGAAGCAACUAUUGAGCGCAAAAAAUUUCUCAAAAGAAAAAUGGAUCUUGAUCCACCUCAUCAGGUAGACAGUAUCUGUGCUGAUCACUUGUUGGAGCGGUAUCAAACUCUGAGGGAAAUUCAGUGUACGAUAGGUGAUGCAGCAACGCAGGAUGGUCUUCUGGUCCUUCAUUAUUGUCUUGUGGUUUCUCUAAAAAUUACUUGA